UCAAAGCCAAAAACAAAUAUGAUGGGCGAACAGAUGUGGAAUCCUUCAUCAAUGACAUAAUGAAGAUGGACAAAGCAAUAUUGGUGAGCCUGUGGGAGGCACUGGCUGAAGAACUUGUGAGAUUUCCAUCACCAAACAUGACAAGAAUACUGAAGGAGGUGACAGAAUGGGGACCAGACCUCUUGAAGGUCAUUCAGGCCAGACUCCAGCCUUAUCCCAUUCAUACCCAUAUUAAAGGCCUCCAUGAGACACACAGAGUUGGUGUGUAUGAAUCCACAAGAAUUCUGAAUGAUCAGGUUUCUCUUGAUGAUCCACGCACCAGGGCUGUCAUCUUUGGGACUCGAUACACAGAGCUGAUGGUCAUUGGUCAGUACAAAAGGACCUACAUUGAGACUCACCAUGAACUUGUGAAGACGGGGAAGGCUCAUGCAGAGCUGGUGGAGGAGCGGACAAAGGAGAAAUGUGAGCGAAUCUGGAUUGAGCAGCUUUUUCAGAGGAGUCCAGGAAGUGAGACUGCCCCGCACAUAAUAGUAGUCAGUGGAGUGGCUGGAAUUGGGAAGACCACCAUGGUCCAGAAGAUCAUGUUUGACUGGGCCAGAGGCACUCAGUACCAGAAGUUUUCAUUCGUAUUCUUGUUUAAAUUCAGUGAGCUCAACCUCCUAGACACAGAGACGGAGCCACAGAUGCCUCUGACCAGGCUGAUUGUAAGGCACUAUAAAUAUCACAAUGACCCGAGACUAAGAGAAAUCCUGCAGAAACCUGAGUCUCUCCUCUUUAUAUUUGAUGGUCUUGAUGAGUACAAACACAAACUGGACUUCACACAGGACAGGCUCUGCUCGAACCCAGACGACUACUUUCCUGUCCACAUCCUGGUCACAAGCUUGGUCAAAAGGACAUUAUUGAAGGGCUGUUCAGUCCUGAUAACAACCAGACCAACAGCCUUGGAGGCCAUGGACAUGGAGAGAGUUGACCGAUUUGCAGAGAUUCUGGGGUUCUUCCCUGAACAAAGACUGAUGUAUUUUAAGAAGUUCUUUGGUGACACUGAUUUGGGCUCUGAGGGUUUUCACUACAUUGAGGAGAAUGACAUCCUGUACACCAUGUGCUUCAACCCCUCAUACUCCUGGAUUAUCUGCUCUGUGCUGAAGAGCCACUUUAAGACACCUGAAGAAGAGCGCGGAGCUGCCCCUAGAACUGUCACCGAUCUUUUUGUGAUGUUCUUACACAACAUCCUGACCAAGCACAGGCGAGACACCGAAGACCAACGAGGGAUUCUAAUCAAACUUGGAAAGAUGGCUUAUUAUGGAGUGGCCAACAAGACUCUUAUGUUUCAAGACAAGUUUGAAAUAUCCACCUUUGGUCUCCAGUCAGUCUUAUCUUCUCAGUUCCUCUCAGGAUUCCUUAAAGAAAUCCUGCAGAGAGAAAGCACACUGGGUCAAAUGACAUGCACAUUUUAUCACCUCACACUACAGGAAUUCAUGGCCGCCUGCUUCUUCUAUCUCGAUCCAUCAGGUGGCGUUGGGGAGCUGCUUGUAAAGCUGGACUUAUGUAAAGAUGGCCGGUUUGAGAUUCUCACUCGAUUCCUGGCAGGACUGGCCAGGCCUUCUGUGUUUAAAGCACUGAGGGGAAUCCUGGGAGAGUUUGAGAGGAAGACAGCAAAGCAGAUACUGGAGUGGGUGAAGCAGAAAGCUGAACAGGCACUACGGGGUGAAGGUACAAGUAAAGUUCUACAAGUGUGUCAAUGGCUCUAUGAAACUCAGAAUAAGAGAUUAAUAAGAGACGCCAUUGGGAAAGAUUUAAAGAUGAACUUCAGUAAGGUGACUUUAUCACCUCUUGACUGUGUCGUGCUGGGCUCUGUAAUCAGCUGCUGUGGUGAACUUGAGGAGCUCGUCCUGUCAGACAAACACCUCACAUCAGAGUGCAUCUGGAGACUGACACCGGGGCUCAUCUGCUGUAGACAUGUCAAGAUGUUUGGCUGUCAUCUCAUUUCCACUUGCUGCUCAGCUCUCUCCUCAGCUCUUUCUUCUCCACACUCACGAAUGACUGAACUGCAGCUGAGCAGCAACAACAUGAAGGAUGCAGGAGUAGAUCAGCUGUGUCAGGGGCUGAGGAGUGAAAACUGCAAAUUACAGACACUGAACCUGUCCUCAUGUGGUCUCACCUCCAGAUGUUGCUCAGCUCUCUCCUCAGCCCUUUCUUCUCCACACUCAAAACUGACUGAAUUGAACCUGAGCAACAACAAUAUGAGGGAUUCAAGAAUGGAUCAGCUUUGUGAGGGGCUGAGGAGUGAAAACUGUAAAUUAGAGAAACUGAAGCUGUCCUCAUGUCAUCUCACCUCCACAUGCUGCUCAGCUCUCUCCUCAGCUCUUUCUUCUCCACACUCACGAUUGACUGAACUGGACCUGAGUGAUAACAACGUGGAGGAUUCUGGAGUCGAUCAGCUGUGUGAGGGACUGAGGAGUGAAAACUGCAAAUUAAUGAAACUGAGCCUGUCUUAUUGUGGUCUCAACUCUAGAUGUUGCUCAGGUCUCUCCUCAGCUCUUUCUUCUCCAAACUCAAAACUGACUGAACUGAGCCUGAGCAGCAACAACGUGAAGGAUUCAGGAGUGGUUCAGCUGUGUGAGGGGCUGAGGAGUGAAAACUGCAAAUUAGAGAGACUGAGCCUGUCUGAUUGUGGUCUCACCUCCAACUGCUCCUCAUCACUUUCCUCAGUCCUCUCUUCUCCACACUCACAGCUGACUGAUCUGGAGCUGGACAAUAACAAACUGAAAAACUUAGGAGCUUGUCAUCUGUGUGCAGGGCUUGUGAACCAAAACUGUAAAUUAAAGACACUGAGGCUGUCUCAUAAUAUGAUCAUAGAGAUUGAGAAGAACAACCUGUGGUCACUAGAGCAAGAUUUAAAGAGAACUGGACGGCAGGUGGAUAUCUACACAUGAGAAGGCUGUAUAUGGAUGACAAAUUGGACUGGACUGCCAAUACUGAUGCUCUAUGUAAGAAAGCUCAGAGCAGACUAUA